AUGGCUGCCCCAAUGAGAGACAGCGCGGUAGACAACGGCCACCGAGCAAAGGUGGCAGACCCCAGGACGGCGGCAGCUACCAACUUUGAAUACGACGAUAAUGAGUGGGACAUAGGAAUUGGCGAUUUAAUUAUUGAUUUGGAUGCUGAUAUAGAGAAGACAAACGAAAAGGCGGGUGGCCCCGCCGGUGGCCCAAUGGCUCAAGCAGCCGGUAAAACCAAAAUGGCCGUAGAGCAUUCUGCGACCGUACAAGAUAAAGGUCUUAAAAUGAAAAUCAAACGGACCAAACCCGGAACAAAAACUUCUGAAGCGAAACACGAAAUUGUUAAGCCGGGAGAACAAAACGGAUCCGAGUUAUUAAGUGAUAAGGGUAAACACCCCCCUCAGACUCCGGGAGUGACGAAAAGAGUAUCGGGUGGACAUAGAAAAGACAAGGCUCGUGAAAAGCAUUGCGGCGGUGACAAGCCUUUGACGAAGCCAUCGUCGGGUCCGUCGAUACCCGAAACAUCAACAGUGAACAGUGUUAAUGUGAACGGAGUUGCGCGGAGUGCAGUUUCUAUAGCCUCAUCCGUCAUGACGACUCCUCAAUCGGCACAACAGCCCAGGCCAGUGUUUCCAGCGUCUCACGGCCCGGGACCUCCUCCGAGCGCGGUUCCAACCACGCCGGGGGGACCUCCUACGCCAGCUACAACUCCAAAACUUGAACCUCCUCGACUCACGGCCGCCGUGCCAGGUCCGGGAGCGGCUUCAGGUUCGGAGGAAAGAUCAUCUUCGUCUUCUCCUCCGCCAACAAAGAAAAUAAAAACGACUACGUUGGAAUCAAAAAAAAUUAUGAAGGCAGGCGAGAAAGGAAUGACAUCUUCUAUUCGAGACACCAUAAAAAAUUAUGUUUGUGUGGGAACGAGUGUAGGAACCAUCACCGAGCCAGAUUGCUUGGGGCCAUGUGAACCAGGCACAAGUGUUACUUUAGAGGGCAUUGUGUGGCAUGAGACUGAAGGCGGUGUACUGGUUGUAAAUGUUACUUGGAGAGGGAAGACUUACGUUGGUACACUUCUGGACUGUACACGACAUGACUGGGCUCCUCCACGAUUUUGUGAUUCCCCUACAAGCGAUUUGGAUGCCCGAACGCCUAAAGGCCGAGGCAAAAGAGGCCGAACCUCAAACAGUACAAAUUCUUCGGGAGAUUUAAGUAACUUUACGGAAACUAGAUCUUCCGUUCACAGUAAAUUAAGAAACGGUAGCACAAAGGGAGGACGAGGCGGAAGGGGAAACACCCCGGCGUCCGGAAGCUCUGGAACCAAUUCGACUGGUUCUAAUUCUCCUACGCCUUUUAUUCCGCCAAAGCAAGAAACUAGGAAAAAGUCAAAGGAAAGAGAUACUACUCCUACUCCUGUUAGUAAGAAAAAUAAAACUCCAUUGUCGGCUCCCAGUAGCCCGCCAGCUUCGCCGGUGCUAUUAGAGUGCCCUGAACCAAAUUGUUCCAAGAAGUAUAAGCAUAUCAAUGGAUUGAAAUAUCAUCAGUCGCAUGCUCAUGGUUCGGCUGAUGAUGAUGACACUAAAGACGCAACCAGUUUUUCAGAAAACGAAGAAAGCAAUACAGAAGCCCCCAGCCCUUCAGCCACUCCUGUAAAAUCUCCUUCUGAAAAGACUGAAACUCUUAAAAAAGAAGAGUUAUCUCAAAGUGCUCCCGUACUUUCUCCUAGCGUUAAUCCCUGUCAGGUCGCUCAAGAUCCACUUGCUCUUCCCAAACCUGAUCCAGAUUCUCCAAGUGUUGCCGUUCCUUUGACUCCUAUUCCUUUGGCACCUCAACCUACGGACCUUGCAUUAAUCAGUUCGUCUCAAAAUGCUCCCGUGCUAUCCCCAAGCGUGAAUCCUUGUCAUAUUUCUCAAGAUCCACUUGCGCUUCCUAAAACACCCAAUCCCGAGUCACCGACUGUUUCAGUUCCCUUAACUCCUAGACCUUUGACUCCUCAACCCAUGGAUCUAGCUUUAAUCAGUUCGUCUCCAGUUUCAUCUUCAUCUUCGGAAAAUGUAAAAGGAAAUGUAAAACCAAGCGUUUUAAGAUUUGGUCCUCCAGAUGAGGAUUAUUCGGUUGGCAUUUUUAGUGGUAAUAAAUCGGCAAUGCCUUCAUCUGUGAUCCCUAUUCCAGGUAGUUCUAGUUUGAUUUCUAGUGGUUCACUGUCGAGUGUCAGAAAUUCUGCUGUAACAGCAAUUUCGAAUGUCGGACAAGUUGCACACAGUACACCUAUAACCGUUCCGAACCCACAUAAUCAUUCUAUUCCAGUUUCGUCAUCUCACAUGCAACCACCAGUGAACAUACAAAAUCAAUCCGUGCAUCAACCUUUAACCCCGGGAUCAUUAUCCCAACAAUUGCCAAUUAAACUCCCUCAGUUUAAACUCAAGCCUACCGCGUCACUAAUGCCAGAUGACAAAAGUAAAGAAAGAGACAGGAGCUCUAAAUUGCCUUCAGGCUAUAAAAAGAAGAGUAGGAAAUCUCCUGCUGGAAGUCCUCACCCCCCGAGCGAUUCAUCUUUCGGCAUGGACUCCACGGGUCGUGAAGAUCUCCAAAGUCCAGCAUAUUCUGAUAUUUCAGAUGAUGCUGCUCCUGUCCUCGAAUCGGAAGUUGGAGAUAAAACAAAAGGCUCAGGAGAAAAAAAAGGGGAAUCAAAUAAUGCCAGUUCACCGCAUGGAAUCCCUUCAUACGGAAUUUACGGGUCUUUUUACGGACAACCUCCAUAUUUAGUUCCUUCCGUACCGCCAGAAGUCAAGUCGAAAGAAAAUCCAGAGAAACCAGAUACAAAGCCGGGUGAAAAAGAGAUAAAAAAAGAAGUUGGCAGAAACGAAUAUUCUCAAAAACUUAUACAACAUCCGUCUCAUUACUAUCCGUACGGUUACGUACCCAGUUAUCCAGGAGGAUACAUGGAACCUAGUUAUCCCUUAAUGGUGUCGGAAGAUAAAAAUAAAGAGUCCACAAAAGGCGACAAAAGCCCAGGGCCCACGGAUAUGGCAAAACACGGGGUCGCUCCCAUUCAGGUUCCGAAUCCAGUAAAAGUUAAACAAGAGCCUGGCGUCAAAGAAACAAAACAUCCGAACGAAAAUCACCAAAUCAUUAAGGAGAGUAUUGAAAUGAAAAGCCAAAUGAGCUCAUUCAUAUAUUCAAGACAAUCUCAGUCAAAUCAAGCCCAAGAAGAUCUAAAAAGAUAUUUGUAUCAGAGAGGAAGAGAACAAGGAGGUCAAAUAGAACAACCGAAGCAAUUCACUUCGAGUAGUAAACUACCUCCAUCUAAUCCGAGUCCUAAAUUAAAAGAAAAAGCCGUCGAAGAAAAGAAAGAAGACAAAAUUAAACAAGAAGGGCAAAAACCCACGAUGGAAACACAAGGUCCUCCUCCGCCCCCCACUAGCCAAUAUUAUAUUCAUCCCAGUUACAUGCAAAGCCCGCAUUACGGAGCCCUUCCCUUCGAUCCAAAUCAUCCAGUUUAUCGUAACAUAAAUCCAAUGUUGGUACCCGGCCCCUACGCAACCAAUCCCUACCUCGGAAUUCCCAGGUAUCACGCUCCAGAGGAUCUCUCUAGAUCUCCGUCGGGUACUACCAAAGCACUCGAUUUAUUACAACAUCACGCAAAUCAAUACUACACAUCUCAUAAAAUUCACGAACUCCAAGAGCGAGCACUUAAAUCGCCCACUCCGACAAAGUCGGCUCCGUCUAGAGAGUCGCCAUCGGGUGUGCCACCGACUCGACCUCCUUCCGGACCUCCUCAAGCCCCUCCAACAUCAACUCCGAAUAGUAUUUCCGGUCCUUCGCCUCCGGUAAAACCUCCGCUAGGAGAUAAGGAUUCGAGAUCACCUCCUCCACAAAGACACGUUCACACACAUCAUCAUACUCAUGUCGGCCUAACUUAUCCUAUACUUACAGGACAAUAUCCCGCUCCUUACGGAGGUAAGCCAAAUACUGCCGUUUUAGCCAGUCAGCAAGCAGCAGCUGUUGCGGCGUCCGUAAUGAACCCUUAUCCGCCUAAAUGA